CUUGACAGUAGUGUGAAGAUGGCGGCGUACAGUCGCUCUCAGCUGCUGUUGCUGCUGUUGUCGUCCGUGUGUCUCUGCAGCUUCAGCUCCGUCUUCGGCUUGAAAGCAGCCAGCGGCCCGGCCGAGCCGCCCAACCCGCCCGUCCUCAGAGCCGUCGAUCCCCCGCUGAAGGAUGCACCUGCCGCCGCCGCUGCCGCCGCUGCUGCCGCUGGGGCCUCUCAGCCUCGAAGGGCGACCGGUUGGAAGCUGUCGGAGGAGGAGGCCUGCCGGGAGGACCUGACCCGCCUCUGCCCCAAACACACCUGGACCAACAACCUGGCCGUGCUGGAGUGCCUGCAGGACCGCAGAGAGGAGACUGAGAUCGCUCCUGACUGUAACCAUCUCCUGUGGAAUUACAAACUCAAUCUGACCACAGAUCCAAAGUUUGAGUCGGUGGCCACUGAGGUCUGCAAGAGCACCAUCACUGAGAUAAAGGAGUGUAAUGAAGAAGAAAGGGGGAGGGGCUACCUGGUGUCCUGCCUGGUGGAUCACCGCGGCAACAUCAGCGAGUACCAGUGCAACCAGUACAUCACCAAGAUGACCAGCAUCGUGUUCAGCGACUACAGACUGAUCUGCGGCUUCAUGGACAAAUGCAAAGACGACAUCAACAACCUGCACUGCGGCAGCAUCAACGUGGGACAAAAGGACGUCCACUCGCAGGGAGAAGUGAUCGCCUGUCUGGAGAAGGCGUUAGUGAGGGAGGCGGAGCAAAAGGAUCAAGCCCAUCCAAUCAAAGAGGAAUGUCAGCGGGCGAUUCUGAGGGUGGCCGAGCUGUCGUCAGACGACUUUCACCUCGAUCGACACCUUUACUUCUCCUGCCGAGACGACCGCGAGAGAUUCUGUCAGAACACUCAGGCCGGAGAAGGAAAAGUCUACAAGUGUUUGUUCAAUCACAAAUUUGAAGAGGCGAUGACAGAGAAGUGCCGUGACGCUCUCACCACCCGUCAGAAGCUGAUCUCUCAGGACUACAGGGUCAGCUACUCUCUGGCUAAAGCCUGCAAGGUGGACCUGAGGAAGCAGCGCUGCAGCCUGGACACAAACCUCCCGCGAGCCCGCGAGGCCCGGCUCUCCUACCUGCUGCUGUGUCUGGAGGCUGCUGUGCACCGCGGUCGUACUGUCAGCGGAGAGUGUCAGGGGGAGAUGCUGGACUACAGGCGGAUGCUGAUGGAGGAUUUCUCUCUGAGUCCGGAGAUCGUGCUGCACUGUCGGACCGAGAUCGAGGCUCACUGCUCGGGCCUGCACCGCAAAGGACGCACGCUGCACUGCCUGAUGAGGAUCGGACGAGGAGACCGCAGCACCACCGUGGACAACGUCUGCCAAAGCGCUCUGCAAACGUUGAUCCAGUCUGCCGACCCCGGAGCAGACUACAGGAUCGACCGAGCGCUCAACGAGGCCUGUGAGUCCGUUAUCCAGACCGCCUGCAAACACAUCCGCAACGGAGACCCGAUGAUUCUGUCGUGCCUGAUGGAGCACCUUUACACGGACAAGAUGGUGGAGGAUUGUGAACACCGACUGUUGGAGCUGCAGUAUUUCAUAUCCAGAGACUGGAAACUGGACCCCAUCCUCUACAAGAAGUGUCAGGGCGACGCUGCUCGACUCUGUCACACUCGCGGCUGGAACGAAACGAGCGAGCUGAUGCCGCCGGGCGCCGUGUUCUCCUGCCUGUACCGCCACGCCUACCGCACCGAGGAGCAGGGACGCCGGCAGGUGAAUCCAGACGAGCAGUUAUCUCGGGACUGUAAGGUGGAGGUUCAGAGGAUUCUCCACCAGAGGGCGCUGGAAGUAAAGUUGGACCCUGAGCUGCAGAAACGCUGCAUGACUGACCUCGGGAAGUGGUGCAGCGAGAAGACGGACACUGGACAGGAGCUGGAGUGUCUGCAGGAUCAUCUGGAGGACUUGGUGUCCGCCUGCAGGGAGGUCGUGGGCAACCUGACGGAGCUGGAGUCAGAGGACAUCCAGAUCGACGCUCUCCUCAUCAGAGCCUGUGAACCCGUCACCCAGGCUCACUGCCAUGAUGUAGCUGAUAACCAGGUUGAUACCGGUGACCUCAUGGAGUGUUUGGUUCAGAACAAACACCAGAAGGAGAUGAACGACAAGUGUGCAGUCGGCGUCACACACUUCCAGCUGAUCCAAAUGAAGGAUUUCAGGUUCUCCUAUAAGUUCAAGAUGGCGUGUAAGGAGGACGUUCUGCGCUUGUGUCCCAACAUCAAGAAGAAGGUGGAUGUGGUGAUCUGUCUGAGCACCACAGUGAAGAACGACACGCUGCAGGACGCCAAAGAGCAGCGGGUGUCUCUGAAGUGCCGGAAACAGCUGAGAGUGGAGGAGCUGGAGAUGUCUGAAGAUAUCCGUUUGGAGCCCGAGCUGUACGACCCGUGUAAGUCCGACAUCAGCCGUCUGUGUCCAAACGUGGCUUUUGGAAACGCUCAGAUGAUCGAGUGUCUGAAGGAGCAGAAGAAGCAGCUGAGUCAGCGCUGCCAUCAGAGGAUCUUCAGGCUGCAGGAGGUGGAGAUGAGCGACCCCGAGCUCGACUAUCAGCUGAUGAGAGUCUGCAAGCAGAUGAUCAAGCGUUUCUGUACUGAAGCCGACGCCAGAAACGUCCUCCAGUGUCUGAAACAGAACAAGAACAGCGAGCUGAUGGACCCAAAGUGUAAACAGAUGAUCACCAAGAGACAGAUCACACAGAACACAGACUACAGGUUGAACCCGGUGUUGAGAAAAGCAUGUCGAGCUGACAUCCCAAAGUUCUGCCAGCCGAUCCUGAACAAGGCGAGCGAUGACAGCGAGUUGGAGGGUCAGGUCAUCGCCUGCCUCAAACUCAAAUAUGCCGACCAGAGGUUGUCUCCGGACUGUGAGGACCAGAUCAGAGUGAUUCUGCAGGAGUCAGCGCUCGACUACAGACUGGACCCACAGCUGCAGAGACACUGCACAGACGAGAUCUCCAGGCUGUGUGCGGAGGAGGCAGCGGCUCAGGAGCAGACGGGUCAGGUGGAGGAGUGUCUGAAGGUCAACUUGCUUAAAAUCAAACAGGAGGCCUGUAAAAAGGAGGUCCUGAACAUGCUGAAGGAGAGUAAAGCGGACAUCUUCGUGGACCCGGUCCUGCACACAGCCUGCGCUCUGGAUCUCAAACACCACUGUGCCGCCAUCACACCCGGCAGAGGACGACAGAUGUCGUGUCUGAUGGAGGCGUUACAAGACAAGAGAGUCCGCCUGCAGCCCGAGUGCAAGAAAAGACUUCAAGACCGCAUAGACAUGUGGAGCUACGCUGCAAAGGUGGCGCCAGCAGAGGGCUUUUCAGACCUCGCUGUCCAGGUGAUGACAUCACCCUCCAAGAACUACAUCCUCCUCAUGAUCGCACUGAGCGUGUGCAUCCUCUUUCUGGUUGGGCUGCUGUGCGGUCGGAUCACAAAGCGAGUGACGAGAGAAUUAAAGGACCGGUAGAGGACGAGCCCUCGAUAAAGACAAGACUCCUCCUCUACCUUCCUCAUCUUCUUCCCCCUCCCCCUCCUCCUCCUCCUCCUCCUUCUCUCUGAUGCCCGGUCUGUAACCAGCCAACCUGCACAGUGCCAACGCCAGCGCCCACAUCUGGAACUCUUCUGUUUAUUGGCUGCUGCUGAAUAUUUGCAUCAAAUGCAAAAUGGCCCCGAAUCCCCCACAAAUACUCCAAACCUUUCAGGGGAGUUUUGACUUUCUGAUUGGAGCCUUUGUUCCUCGAUUAUCAUCUUUGCUCCCAACAAAGUAUCCGCUUUUGCCAAUGACUUCGGUCGGGUCGAAUGUGAGGUGGUCCGGCAUCUUUUAAGUUUCUAAAUAAGCGCUGUAAAUGAAGUGACUGAGGGCUGCUGCUUCUGAGGUUAGGGUUGCUUUCCCCCUGGUUGAUCCCGAUGCUUUUUUGUGAUAUUUAAUGGAGACUGGAGCAUGAAGAGCAGCUUUUAAAGUGACUGCGGCUGCCUGAAUCGCACAAGGAGCUAAAUUAAGUCUUGAGAACUUUUAAGUUGAAUUUUGUGGUGUUUUUUUUCUUCUUCUUCUUCUUCUCCUCAUCAACCAUGAAGUCUCACCUUCUUCACUGGUGUACAAGUUUUACGUCCAAAUCGCCAAGUACGGAUCUACACGUUUGGUCCAGCUCCUCAUGUUUUGGAUUGUAAAGAUAGUUCGGAUAUUUUCACCUCGUCCUGUGUCGUCCUCUGACCCCCCCGCUCUCUGUUGCCUUUAACGAUACAACAUAACACACACAGAGGCUUCGUUUUAUAACUCAGCAACCUGCAAGUGCAGCUUUUAUUUAGUUGUUUUGUGACCGUGUAAGUUAUUAUAAUAUGGAUAUAGCAUUUAAACAUGAGACUUAUGUUGAAUACAGCUGGUGAUCUCUGCAUAUGAAGUGAAUUAUUUUGAUUUCUAUUUAUGAAUGAUGGCAUCGAAGAGCUUCAAACCCGCUCUUUAACCUGCACUCAGCUGCUCAACCAUUGAAAUGCUUUGCCUUAGGUCUGAAUAUUUUUGCUUUACUGUCAUUUGUUUUUUACUUUUUUUUUAAGGCUCAUUUAAGCUAACAAAAAUCCUGUAUGUGAACACGCUGCAGAUGAAGUGCAAACAUGAGUCCAACGACUGUCUGAGGGGGCUAAGAAGUAAAUUAAAUCACUGAAAUGGCAUUAGCCUAGCUUAGCAUAAACACUGGAAGCAGGGGGAAACAGCAAGCCAGGCUCGGUCUGAAGUAGCCACAGCUGUUUAUUCCACACAGAACAUUAUCAGCUCUUUUUUAUGUUGUUGCUAACAGCUGCUGGGAGCAGAGACUUCCUGUGGUCUGCACAGGUCAUCACACCUUCGAAAUGAAAGAAAUCAACAGGCAUAGUUGAAAAAUGAAGCCAAAGCUGAAAUGCAAAAAGAACCGCAGUUCCUUGAGUCUCCACUAGAGGCUGCCUCCAAGGGCAAGGACUUCCCAUUAGAGCAAAUAUUAAAACAUCCAUUUCAACAGCAGGAAUAAACAUGAUAACAGACUGGUUCAAGAAGCAUUGUGGACUAAAACAGCUCAAGUCUUUUUUAUUGGUAAAAACUCUACAGGGGUUUUUCCGUUUUUCCGUAAAUUUGCAUAAUUAGAGGUGUGGCUGAGUUGACUGACAGGUGGGCGUAUUGUAGCUGUUUCCCAGGAGCCUUAAGGCCCAUCUCAGCUCCACAUCCUUGUUUUUAGAUUGAACAAGAUUUGGGUAGAAUUGUGUCCACCGCCAUCAUUCAGCUGUUUAACAACAUGAUGUCACUGAGACUACGUCCGUGUUUCAAACACUGGAUAUGAAUAGAUACGACAUCUAAAACAGUUUUCUUUAAAAGUAUUGGAGGUGUUUUUUGUUCGUUGUUUGGACUGUUUCCCCCGGCCUCUGGUGUUUGCGCUAGUCUUAACUCGGCGUACACAUCCUGUCCAGCACAAAGCUUCAAACAAAUAAAACACAGAGAGCAGCUUUAGAAUAGUGGAACAGUGAGUGCGAUAAGAUCAACGUUGUUAUGAAUGAUUGUUUGGAGACAUACCAGUCUAGAGCUGACUAAAAACCAGAUGUUUAUUUUUAUGUACAUAUCACAUAAACUGUAUGUGGCUUUUGCCAGGGGAACAAAAUCUGCUGAUCAUUUUUAAAGGCUGGGUUGGUAAUUUUCAAAAACUAGCAGGAUUUCUAAAGUAGCGUUCCCUCAGUGCUCCGUCUGCACCCACCCCCCCUCCCCUCUGUGCUCCCUCUAAAGCCACGCCCCCUCACUUACAUGUACUCUGAGUGUGGGCUUGUGCACACAAGAGGUAGAGAGCGAGCAGGGAGACAGGGAGGCGUGUGAUUGGUUCAUCAGAUUGGUACCUCGUGGCAGACAUUGGUCGAAGUUUUUACAGGCUUACAACUGAUACAGAUGACGGAUUUUCUUUGUUCCUUUUUCAGAGCACCUGAGUUAUUAAUGUCUGUCAGGACCUAAAGACAAUUUCAACCAAAAUCUUAAAAAGGUGUAUCAGGACAAAAUUACCAACCCUGCCUUUAAAUGAACUCAAUAUUUAGUAAUUUAUAACAUAACAAUAAAAUGCCAUCAACUGUUUUGGAAACCCAGAUACAAAAUCCCUUGCCACAUUUUGUUCCCGACAUUCGAGCCUCAAGUGUAUUAUUGUUUUUAAAGCGAAUGAUUUGUUACUUUAAAUAUAAACUUGUUUUUUUUUUAUUUGAUUUUUUCAUCUAGUUUUUGAAUAUUUAAUUUUGCACUUUAACUUGAUGCACGUCUAACCUGCAUUGAGGUGCUUAUCUGCAAACAGCUGAUUGGACAAUUAGCCGCUCUCAUCUCGUCGAUUUGCUGCUUUUGGUUUUUAUGGUUUGGUUUUAUAUUUAUACAUGUGAAUGAUUUAAAAUCCCACUAAUGAGCAGUGUGCAGCAUGUACACAAUAAUUCCGCUGAGUAACAGAAGUUAAAGCUGAGGUUGCAGAUCAUUUCAAAGGAAACGUCUUCGACCUGACGCCAAGUCAAAACAUCUAAACAACCUUUCUGUUCCUGUAUGUGUGUUCUGACUUACGGUGUCCAAUCAGAGCGAUCAAACACAGCUGUCAUAACCUGUUUAGUACGUCGGUCUCUACGUGUACAAACUUUAUCAAUGUGCAGGUUUAUUUUCUCUUUUCAGAUUAUGCCAUGUAAUACGAAGACGUAACAGAUUCAUCAUCGUGAGAUUUGAUUUUGCUGUACAAAUACGAUUUGUCAAUUUAAUAAAACUGUCUGCAGAUUUUCAUA